UUACUUUUCAUUUGUAUGUCUAUCGUAACACAACACGGAGCACCCGCCAUCACCAGCAACUGUCUUUACGUAGUUGUAAACUUGUCGAUGGCACAAGUGCUAAACAAAUAUGCUUAUCAUAAGGCAUAGCAAGCAUCAGGUGCAUUUACGAAGCUUUCAGUUUUGGCGCGUUCUUCGAUCAAACAUUCGAGCGGGUGGUGUAAGCAUUCGAUUUCGAAAAAGCCAUGCCCAUGUCGCUGUUCCUCCGGCCUGUGAUUCGAAAGCAGGAUUCAACGAUUACAAGAAAGAGGUUGCAGAAUUCAAGGUCGAAGUACCGAAGUUUUUUAACUUCGCAAACGUAAUCGAAGAAUGGGUUCUAAAAGAGAAGAUUGGUGAACGCUCAAAAGAAAAUCCAGCAUUUUGGUGGACAGACAAUAAAGGACAUGAGAUAAAAUGGUCUUUCGAAGAGCUAAAUAACAACUCAAAGAAGGUUGCCAACCUGCUGGUCCAUGAGUGUGAUGUGCGACGGCAUGACCGUGUGAUGGUGAUAUUACCACGCUAUCCUGAAUGGUGGCUUCUCAACUUGGCCUGCUCAAGAAUAGGGAGUGUUAUUAUUCCUGGCUCCACACAGCUCAGGUCAAAGGAUAUUCUAGCAAGGUUGCUUGUUUCCAGGGCAAACACUAUAGUAGCAGACCCUGCAACUGCUGAAGUUGUAGAUGAAGUCGCUGAUCUGGUGCCGUUUCUGGAAACCAAGCUGUUGAUUGGAGAAAGAAGAAGGGAAGAACAUAGAAAGGGAUGGCUACCGUUCAAAACGCUCUACAAGCAAGCGUCAACUGUGCACACGUGUGCUCCCACUACGAGCGACGAGACUUCAAUAAUAUUCUUUACAAGCGGCACCACAGGGCUCCCAAAGAUGACCCAGCACACGCAUGCCAGCCAAGGGAUCGGGCACAGCAUCACGGGAAAAUAUUGGCUGGAUUUGUGCCCCGAUGACGUCCAUUGGACCGUAUCUGAUCCGGGCUGGGCCAAGACUGCGUAUGGGUGUCUUUAUGGGCCGUGGAUCCAGGGCGCGUCUGUAUUCAUUCACCACACAACCGAGAAAUUCGAGGCAAAGGUCAUUCUUGACCAUCUCCAGAAGUACCCUAUAUCUACAAUGUGCUUACCUCCUACAGCCUACAGAAUGAUGAUCCACGAAGACCUCUCUCGAUACCAGUUCCCCGCGCUGCGUCACUGUCUGAGUGCAGGCGAGCCGCUGAAUCCGGAAGUGAUGGUCGAUUGGAAAGAGAAAACUGGACUCGACAUCCGGGAAGGCUACGGUCAAACCGAAACAACACUUCUCUGUGGAACAUUCCGCUGCAUUGAGACCCGUCCAGGCUCCAUGGGAAAACCAGCCCCCGGAUAUGACGUCAGAGUAAUAGACGAGAAGUGUAACGAGACGCCUGCUGGGAUAGAGGGCGACAUUGCCGUAUACUUGAAACCAAGGCGGCCAGUCGGACUAUUCAGCGAAUACAUUGAGGACUACGAGAGAAACGUGUCCGCUUAUCACGGUGACUACUACCUGACCGGCGACCGGGCCGUCCGGGAUGAGGACGGAUACCUGUGGUUUAUCGGACGCUCUGAUGACGUCAUCAUAUCGGCCGGCUAUCGUAUCGGUCCCUUCGAAGUCGAGAGUGCGCUAAUUGAACAUCCCGCCGUCGCCGAGGCUGCUGUGGUUAGCAGUCCUGACCCCGUUAGGGGGGAGGUUGUGAAGGCGUUUGUUAUACUGACACCGUCGUUUGAAGGAAAUCAUGAUGACCUUAUUACUGAGUUGCAAGAGUACGUGAAAAAUACUGCCUCGCCAUACAAAUACCCCAGAAAGAUCGAGUUCGUAGAACAUCUUCCAAAAACGGUCAGCGGUAAGAUCAUGCGCAGACAGCUACGAGCUGAGGAGUGGGACAAGCAUCUAGCAGACUAGUCACGUGGAUGUCACACCCAAGACACGUGACUCGUUGCUGUAGACGUGUGACAUGUGCUAGACACGUGAUUGUCAUGUGUCAGACACGUCAAAAUUACUCGGUUCUGGUUGGCUCACAGGCAGCACUGCCAGUGGUUUUUAAAGAAAUUUACGGGAAAAUUGAUAUGUUCGCGAAAUAAUACUUUAUGGUGAAAUAUAGUAGAGCGUAUUCAGUAGAGCGAGCUUUAAGCCCGCUUCGAAUUGCGUUUCCACCUACACUAGCCUUGUAGGAAAAAGCCUUCCCCGAAAAUUGAAAUAAAGGAAGACGAGUUUGUUCAACAAAAGUUGGUUUCGCAGGAAGCAAAGCGCGCAACAUCGCUUUCGAACUUUUUUUUGCAUCAAUGCUGCCACAAAAGUUGUACGAUUUUGUUGCCCGUAUUACCGUACCUUUAGGGCAUCAAAUUUCAGCGGCAAUUAUGAAAGAUCAGAAGAUGAGUUCUCUCAAAUAAAAAUUGCCUUCAUUUUCAAGGUAAA